GCGCGCGCUGUCUGGGCGCAUAACCCACCAUCAGUCAACAUCAGACAGUCAUGGCAAUGCGAGAACUGCCGCUGCGGACGGCAAAGGCCUUCUGCAACACCACCAGACCAGCCAUACGCUUGGUAGGACCCUUGUGUCGCCGCAAUGCCUCGUCUGAGGCAGUCCGGGAAGUCGAUGCCUCGUCAUUCGAGGUCCCGCCGCCAUCAGAGGAUCUUGUAAAAAACUACGACCCAGUGGCACGGAGUAGGCUGCGGAGAAGGGGAAACAAGCAAUUGCCUCCAAGCAGGUACCAAUACCGCUCGCCCAAGUACUACCGCGGCCCUCUGCAUCCCCACCAGCCUCCGCCACCCUCGGAUCCCUCUUCACGACUUUUCCAGCCCGGACCAUUCAGUCUUACUCGUCUCGAGCAAACGUAUCAAAGCAAGAUCGCCUCCGACCUCCUCACCCUCACAUACCAGCACUAUCCUCCGGGCUACCGAGCCCCGAAAACGGAACAGAGAUUACGAGAAUGGACAGGUGACUCGCCUUAUUUCAAGAACCGUCCCCUCAGACCUCCACGAGGAAAGGGUGAGGUGCUGCGCUUACUCCAAGAGCCACGCACCUUCCGCAAUGUGCCCAAGAUCACAAGGGUCACUCUCCACUCUUUUGUGCCCGAAGCCCAGGAAAACAGCGCCAACCUCCAUGUUGCCGGUAUGAUUGUCCAGGCCAUCAGCAACGUGCGAGCCGUUUCGCACAAGGCGAGACACAAUGUCGUUGGUUGGGGCCUGCGCAAGGGCCGCUACGUUUCCGUCACUUCCACUAUGGAGCGAGAAGAUGCUGAACAUUUCUUGGCAAAACUCAUCGAUGUUGUCCUACCCAGAAUCAAGGAGUGGAAGGGCGUACCGGGUUCAUCUGGUGAUGGACACGGAAACAUGAGCUUUGGUCUCACACCAGACCAAGUUGCCCUCUUCCCCGAGAUUGAGAUCAACUAUGACGCCUACCCACCUAAAAUGAUCCCUGGUUGCUACAUCACGAUUCAAACAGACGCCACGAGCAACAAGGAUGCGCGAGUACUUCUCCAGGCGAUUGGCAUUCCAUUCUACGGAAAGCUCAAUGACUAAGAAUUUGCCUCGCCCGGCUAUGUAUAAACAAUAGUAAAUGUAACAAACAUGUAGGGUGAAGUUGAAUUACUUGCACCUCAUUCCAUCAA